CAAAUCCUUUCUCCCGCAGGCUUUUCCAGUACUUCCCCCCCCUCCGCUUUUUACCCAUUCCUCUCUUCCUCUCUUCCUCCUCCUCUUCUUCUUCUCUUCCUCUUCUUAUGGAUUGUUGGUCCCUUUCCCUCCCUCUCCACGACGAGUUCGAGAAGCUUGUCAAUCGUAUGAAUCCACCCAGGGUCACCAUUGACAAUGAUUCCAGCACAAAAGCCACUCUGAUUAAGGUUGAUAGUGCGAAUAAGCGAGGGAGUUUGCUGGAAGUGGUUCAGGUUCUCAACGAUUUGAAUCUCAUAAUCAGACGAGCUUAUAUUUCUUCUGAUGGCGAAUGGUUCAUGGAUGUGUUUCAUGUAACGGAUCAACGUGGGAACAAGCUCUCUGAAAAUGAUGUUGCUGAGCGCAUUCAACAGUCACUUGGGCCUAGGGCUCGGAGCUUCCGGUCUUUGAGGAGAUCGGUCGGUGUUCAAGCUGCCGAGGAACAUACAACCAUUGAAUUGACUGGAAGAGAUAGGCCUGGAUUACUCUCAGAGGUUUUUGCUGUUCUAACAGACCUCAAAUGCAAUGUGGUAGCUGCAGAAGUUUGGACUCAUAAUUCAAGAAUGGCAUCCGUUGUAUACAUCACUGACGAGGCUACUGGGUUUCCAAUCGAUGACCCGGAUCGGCUUGGUAAGAUAAAGCAGCUUCUACUCUUUGUCUUAAAAGGGGAUCGAGAUAAGCGCAGUGCCAAUACUGCUGUUUCUGUGGGUUCUACUCACAAGGAAAGGAGGCUGCACCAAAUGAUGUAUGCAGACCGGGACUACGACCGAGAUGAUUUGGAUUGUGGCUCGACAAGUGAUCGGAGAAAACCCCUCGUGACUGUCGAGAACUGUGCUGAUAAGGGAUAUACAGUUGUGAACUUGAGGUCUCCUGACCGUCCCAAGUUGUUGUUUGAUACAGUUUGUACACUGACUGAUAUGCAGUACGUAGUGUACCAUGCUACUGUCAUUGCUGAAGGACCAGAGGCUUCUCAGGAGUACUAUAUUAGGCAUGUGGAUGGAAGCCCUAUUAGUUCUGAAGCAGAGAGGCAAAGAGUAAUCCAUUGCUUAGAGGCUGCCAUUCGAAGGCGAACAUCCGAGGGUAUAAGACUAGAACUUUGCAGUGAUGACAGGGUUGGACUCCUUUCCGAUGUGACUCGAAUCUUUAGAGAAAAUGGUCUUUCAGUCACUCGAGCUGAAGUUACUACCCGAGGUUCUCAAGCUGUCAAUGUGUUCUACGUAACAGAUGGAUCUGGGAAUUCAGUCAAGAGUGAGAUGAUCGAAGCGGUUCGAAAAGAGAUUGGGCUGACUAUACUGUGUGUCAAAGACGACGAAUUCAGCACGAAAGCUCCAUCCCCAGAAAGCAGUAGAUUUUCGCUCGGUAAUCUUUUUCGAUCUAGAUCAGAGAGGGUUCUUUAUAACUUGGGAUUGAUAAAGUCAUGUUCCUGAGGAGAGGAGAUUGGUUUAGUAGUGGGUGAUAGAAAUGUUGUCGUUGUGAAUGAAUGGCCUUAGAAAGAGCUCAGAAUUACACCACAGUUUAGGUCAAUCCCUUUGUUGAUCUUAGCAACUUCAAUUUCAACUUGUACAGUGUUAUUCAUGAUGUAUAUGAAUUUACAAUGCCAUCCUUUGCUCUAAAUAUCUUGUAAAUAUACACUUCAUAAAGAAGAAACAACAACCCUUAAUUUAUAUUAA